CCAGCGGAGGAGGAGGAGGCCGCUGCAGCGGCGGCAGCGUCGCAGCAAGAAAACAGUAAGCUUUUUACUCACGUCACGCUUUCUUUCCUCCUGCCAUGGGAAUCACUCAAAGCCGCCAUGGCAGAGAAGAGCAGAGCCGAGAUUGACCUCGCCUUACUUUUACCCGAGAACACGAGUGCAGUAGACGAAUGCGCAGCGUAAUAAAUGCAUCGAGGGCAUUCACGAGACUGUCAAAGUCUUAUCUUUCUCAGAAACAGACAGAUUUCUAGUUACGAAAUUGGGAGAAAGACGCGAGCUUGUUGAGCUCUCGAGUGAAGUCGUUUGAUUUCUCGUCGGAGUGAAUUUAAUUUCCCCCGGACGGGAAAUGGGCCGGGCAGCGCAGUGGUGUCGCCGCCUCUGGAGCGGGAGUAAGGAGAACAGGAAUCCCAGCCUGGACUCCUCGAGCUACGGAGGCGCCCGCGAAGAGAGGACGGAGAAGAAAAGGUGGAGCUUCCGGAGGGCACGAGACUCCGGCUGCACGUCGUCGUCGGGAAGCCAGAAUGUCUCCACAGCCGCCGCGAUCGAGGUGGAGUGGUUUAAGUCCUUCUACGCCGUCAGCGAGAAGGAACAGAGCAAGCACGCGAUCGCAGUGGCUGCGGCUGCAGCUGCAGCCAACGCUGCUGUCACGGCCGCCGGGGCCGCUGUAGCCGUCGUGCGGCUCGCCGGAAACGGAGUCAUCGAGCUGGCGGCUAUACGGAUUCAAACAGCGUUCAGGGCCUACUUGGCAAGGAAAACACUCAGAGCUCUGAAAGCAUUGGUCAAGCUCCAAGCUUUAGUGAGAGGAUAUCUAGUGCGAAAGCAAGCUGCCGCCACUCUCCACUGCAUGCAAGCUCUGGUCCGAGCUCAGGCCGCCGUCAGAGCUCAAAGAUCUCGAAGUUUUCUCUCCCGUGACCGAGAAUUUCCACCACCGGUGGUGAUCCGCCAUCGGAGUUCCUUAGAAAGGCUCGAUGUCCACGCCGGAGCUCAAACCCGGUGGCUCUCGACGAGCAUCGACGGUGCAGCCUUCGCCGGAGGCCCAAAGAUCGUCGAGGUCGACACGUGUCGUCGAAACCUGAGGCUUUGCCCCCGGCGGAGCAGUCCCUCUCCGGCAGCGGACUUCGUGGCGUUCUCCUCUCCGCUUCCAAGCAGUCACGUUCCGGCAAGGAUCUCAAUUCCCGGCCGCCGCAGCCAAUCGCAAGAGAACCAUUGUCCGAACUGUGCCGCCGCAGAUCAGGGGCACCGUUUCCCAGCGACGGCGCAGAGCACGCCCAGAUACGGCGCCGCGGCGGCGGUUACUCCAGCGAAGGGGGGUCUCCGGCAGUUCUUGAGCGCGUUGAAUUGCCCCCACUACAUGGCGAACACGCAGUCGUCGACGGCGAAGGUGAGGAAACCGCGGCAGCCGUUGAGGGAGGCGAGUAUGGUAGCUAACAGUGGGAUGCUGAAGAAGCCAUGCUUUGAGCUAGUGGAAGGGGCAUUUAGCUUCAAGAAGACGGUGGCCGGGAAGCUGGAUCGGUGCUCUGAGCUGGCGAAGGAAGAAGAAGAAAGAGAAAUUUACCUACAGAGAAUGUGGUGAAGCAAGCUUUCAUGAUUUCUCCAAGUAUGUAACUAUGUAACGUUAAUCAAUAUGACAGAACUGCUUAAUUAAUCGAUCGUCGUCGCGGAUGUAGACCUAAAAAAGGUAUCCCAAUUAGAU